AUGUCCAACUUUUUCUUUUUCUUUGCGCUCUUGGUUAUAGUUUUUGCAGUUCAAUUUAUUCAAAUAGAUGGUGAAUGCACAAAAGUUUUGAGUAAGUGUGAGACUUCGGAUUGUAAUGAUACGUGUAAUUCAUAUGCAGAAGGUGUUCGUGUUUUAAAUGCAUCGUGUUCAUCCUUAAACUUAUGCACCUGUACUUUCGAUCGGCCACCACCAGAAGGACCAACACCUCCUUGCGAUGUUGUGUUGGGAGUUUGCACUGAUUCCUGUAACAAUGAAUGUUGCAACAACAAAUGUAAAAGUAGUUUUCCUAACACGGGUAGUGGGGCAUGUAUAUUAGCCUUUGAUAGGGAUCUUUGCAUGUGUACUUAUAACCGUUGA